AUGGCGGUUCGCGCGGUGAACAGCUCGACAAUCUUCCGGUCCGCCUCACCGCCGCCGCUGGUCAUGUUCCGAAGCUGUUUCCGCCAACUUAGGACCUUGCGUAGUCAAAGCUACUCCAGAUUAGGUGUCACCUUCUCGAAUUUCGCCCUCCGCCGUGAGUCGUGCCUCUAUGGCCGGGGUUCCAGUAUUCGAACUUAUUCUCUUCAGAGUCUCGUCGACACUGUCGCGGAGGAACUCGCGGCCAUGCGCAAACGCGGUCGUUUUCGCAUUUCGAACAAAUUAGCAAGCAGUGAGGAGCUUGUCCAAGAAAAAGUAGGAAAACAAACACUACAGCAAGGUUUUCUGCUGGAGUUCAAGAAAGAUACAGGAAGGGUAUUGCUAGCUGUUGCUCAGAAACCUGAUGGCAAGAAAAAUUGGAUAGUAUUUGAUCAGAAUGGUGGUACCAGCUCCAUCAAACCUCAGCAAGUCACAUUCAUUGUUCCCGGUGUAGAAGAGUUUGAUCCUACAGAGAUAUCGGACUUCAUUGAGAGGGCUCAUAAUACCUUGGAUCCUACAUUGCUAGAGUUCGCGUGGACUGAACUUCUGGAAAAGGAAAAGUCAGUGACAGUUGACCAACUAGCUGAGAUGAUUUUUGGGAGUGCAGAGCCCCUUGAAAGUUAUUGUGCUCAUUUGUUGCUGUCAAAAGAUAAUAUUUACUUCACUGUAUUGGAAUCAAAAGGCCCCUUCUCUGUUUAUGGUCCUCGACCUGCUUCUCAGGUGGAAGAACUUAUUCAGAAAAAUGCUGCCAAAGAACUGGCUGAGAGAGAAUUUAACGAGUUUAUUAAGCUGCUAAAAUCUGUCAAAGCAAUGCCUUUGGAUGCUAAACCGUCAAAAUCAUCAUGGAAAACUGAAGAGAAGAUUUGGCAGAGGAUUGAGGCGCUUGAAGCUUUUUGUAUUGAUAAUAUAAAAAAUGAAGAGCAGAGGAAAACCGCCGGGAUGAUACUCAAAGAAAUGGGACUCGGGAAAACAUCGACUGCUGCUCUUAAUCUACUUGUAGAUAUUGGCUAUUUUCCAGUACAUGUCAAUCUUGAUUUGCUGAAAUAUAAUAUUCGCACUGAGCACCCCGAAGAAAUUCUAUCUGCUGCAGAAAGAUUAUUAUCAGAGUCACCUGACAUUGACGAGAAUGACAGAACAGAUCUAACCCACCUGAAGGUUUAUGCGAUUGAUGUGGAUGAAGCUGAUGAGCUUGAUGAUGCGCUUAGUGCCACAAGGACUCAAGAUGGGCGAAUUAAGGUUUGGAUACAUGUCGCUGAUCCGACAAGAUUAGUUCAACCUGGGAGCAUAAUUGACAAAGAGGCUAUGAAAAGAGGAACUUCGACAUUCUUACCUACUGCAACAUAUCCUAUGUUUCCUGAGAAGUUAGCAAUGGAAGCCAUGAGUUUGAAACAAGGAACUCACUGCAGAGCCGUUACAGUAUCUGUUGUACUGCAAUCUGAUGGCAGUAUUGCAGAAUAUGCUGUGGAGAACUCUAUUAUCAAGCCCACUUAUAUGCUAACAUAUGAGAGUGCAUCAGAGCUGCUGCAUUUGAACCUGGAAGAGGAGGCUGAAUUGAGAAUCCUCUCUGAGGCAGCUGCACUCCGACUCAAGUGGCGCAGAGAACAGGGUGCUAUAGACACUGCAACAUUAGAACCACGAAUUAAGGUCGGAAAUCCAGAUGAUCCAGAGCCCUCAAUCAGACUAUAUGUUGAAGACCAGGCAAAUCCUGCCAUGCGACUCGUUUCUGAGAUGAUGAUACUCUGUGGAGAAGUUAUAGCCACUUUUGGUUCUUCUAAUCACAUCCCGUUACCUUACAGAGGACAGCCUCAAUCAAAUAUUGAUGCAUCUGCAUUUUCCCAUCUUCCUGAAGGACCUGUGAGGAGUUCUGCUAUAGUGAGAGUUAUGCGUGCUGCUGAAAUGGAUUAUAGAAAACCUGUACGUCACGGAGUUUUGGGGCUACCGGGCUAUGUUCAGUUUACUUCUCCUAUUCGAAGAUACAUGGAUCUCCUUGCUCACUAUCAAGUCAAAGCAUAUUUGAGAGAUGAUUCACCUCCUUUCUCGUCUGGUCAACUGGAAGGAAUCGGAUCGUUAGUAAACAUGAAUACAAGAAUGAUCCGGAAGCUGUGCAACAGCAAUCUAAGGUAUUGGAUAUUAGAGUAUCUAAGAAGGCAGCCAAAAGAUAGAAGGUUUUCGGCGUUGGUACUCAGAUUCAUCAAGGACAGAAUGGCUGCUAUACUUCUGGUGGAGGUUGGUCUACAAGCAUCUGCCUUGGUUUCUGUCGGUGUAGAAGUUGGUGAUGAAGUGAAAGUUCGUGUGGAAGAGUCUCAUCCUCGAGAUGAUAUUAUCUCCCUGAAACAGGUCCUUGCAACAUGA